UCCGGCGGCGGGACUUAGCAGCAGCGCUGGGCGAGCUGCCCCCGGGAAGGCGGGAGCGGGUGUGGGUGUCCCGCGGCAUCGCUCCCCUCGCUCGCUCCGCCCCGGCGCUUGUGGUUCCGCUUGUCCGCCUGUGGUUCAGCGCGCCCGGCCUGCUCUCCGCUGCCUCCCCAGAUCUCUUAGUCUGAACCCCGGUGUGUUUGCGUACAGAGGCACACUAAAAAAAAACCUCCCUCUAAGAAUGAAAUAUGAGUGAUGAUUCUCAGAGAAACUUUCGAUCAGUCUACUAUGAGAAAGUUGGGUUUCGUGGAGUUGAAGAAAAGAAAUCACUGGAAAUCCUCCUGAAAGAUGACCCUUUGGACAUUGAGAAGCUUUGCACCUUUAGCCAGAGGUUCCCUCUCCCAUCCAUGUACCGCGCAUUGGUCUGGAAGGUGCUUCUAGGGAUCUUGCCUCCACACCAUGACUCUCAUGCCCAGGUGAUGGCCUAUCGCAAAGAUCAGUACUCUGAUGUCCUUCAUGCCCUGAGAGUAGUUCGCUUCAUCAAUGAUGCCACCCCUCAGGUUGAAGUGUAUCUUCGCAUGUAUCAGCUUGAGUCUGGGAAGUUGCCUCGAAGUCCCUCUUUUCUGCUGGAGCCAGAGGAUGAAGCCUUUCUGGCCAUCGCUAAAGCCAUGGAAGAGAUGGUGGAGGAUAGUGUCGACUGUUACUGGAUCACCCGAUGCUUUGUGAAGCAGUUAAACAGCAAGUUCCGGGACUCUUUACCUCAGCUGCCCAAGGCCUUUGAACAGUACUUGAAUCUGGAAGAUAGUAGGCUGCUGAGUCACCUGAAGACAUGUGCUGCGGUGUCCAAACUUCCUUAUGAUCUCUGGUUCAAAAGGUGCUUCGCGGGAUGCCUGCCUGAGUCCAGUUUACAGAGGGUCUGGGAUAAAGUUGUAAGUGGAUCCUGUAAGAUUCUAGUUUUUGUAGCAGUAGAAAUAUUAUUAACCUUUAAAAUAAAAGUCAUGGCGUUGAACAGUGCGGAGAAGAUAACCAAGUUCCUGGAAAACAUUCCUCAGGACAGCUCAGAUGCUAUCGUGAGCAAGGCCAUCGACUUGUGGCAUAAACACUGUGGGACCCCAGUCCAUUCAGCCUGACAGCUGUGACGUCGUGGACAGUCUGCAGACCCUCCCCGAGCACAUUGUCCACAUCACUUGGUCUACUAACUGUUUAGAAAUGGUAAUCUUGCAGUGGUGCUCAAAAUGCAACCCCCCCCCCCAUCCCCUACUCAGUAAAAUAAUUUAAUCCCAA